ACUUUCGGUGUGAGUGUUACACACCCAAAGCCGUCAUCAGCAAGCACGCUCAGCGCCAUUUCAAGAAAGCGUAGUGGCGUACUGUAACUGAGCCUCUAAAAGCCCAAGAAAAUUACUAUAAAACCUUCAUCUCUGUUCUAUGUUCGCUUUCUUUGACGGCUGUCUCAUUUUUUAGCGGUUUUCGCCAAAACCCUAAAAUUUCAAUCGGUGCGUAAGAUAUUGAUUGUGGUGUUUGAGCGUGGAGGAGACAGCAAUGGAGGUCUCGGUGGGUCAAAAGCUCCAGCAUGAGUUCACUUUGACCUCAGUCUCUGACAUCGCUUCUUCUUCUUCUUCUUCUUCUCCUGCUUCCGUGGUGUCUCUAUCUUCACCGGUUGUUGCUAGGUUUAGCGCCGAUUCUGGAGUCGUGGAGCUGCGGUUUGGUCCAGAUUCUGAGGCUAGUGAUGCUGUGACUGUCAAUAUUAGAACUGCAAAGCUCUUCAAGUUGGGCCCAGUUCAAUCAGUUUGCAUAGCUGAAGGUUCUGAGAUAACUAAAGAGGAAUCAUAUUCAAGGGGAUUCAAUAUAUGGUUUAGUAAUAUAGAGGAAAGCAGGGCCUUCCAUGUUGCGUUUGAGCAAUGGAAGACGGAAACUGUACAAGGAUCGUGCUUACCAAAUGGAGCAGUUUCCACUUCUAAAAGCAAGUUCGAUGAUAAAAUUGAGCCAUCUUCUGCUAAGAUGUAUUUCCAUUAUUAUGGACAGCUGCUGCACCAGCAGAAUAUGUUACAGGAUUAUGUGAGGACAGGAACGUAUUAUGCUGCAGUAAUUGAGAAUCGUGCAGAUUUUGCUGGUCGUAUAGUGGUUGAUGUUGGCGCCGGCAGUGGUAUUUUGUCUUUGUUUGCUGCCCAGGCUGGUGCAAAGCAUGUAUACGCUGUGGAAGCAUCAGAAAUGGCAGAAUAUGCACGGAAACUUAUUGAAGGGAACCCAUCUCUGGGUCAACGGAUUACGGUGAUCAAAGGCAAGGUUGAGGAAGUUCUAUUACCAGUGAAAGCAGAUAUUAUGAUCUCUGAACCAAUGGGCACCCUCCUAGUCAAUGAAAGAAUGCUGGAGUCCUAUGUAAUUGCAAGAAAUCGGUUUCUUGUCCCAAAUGGAAAAAUGUUUCCUACUAUAGGAAGGAUACAUAUGGCACCUUUCAGUGACGAAUAUUUGUUUGUCGAAAUUGCGAAUAAGGCCCUCUUUUGGCAGCAACAGAACUAUUAUGGAGUUGAUUUGACACCCCUACAUGGACAAGCUUUCCACGGAUACUUUUCUCAGCCUGUUGUUGAUGCCUUUGAUCCACGAUUAUUGGUUGCACCUGCAAUGCACCAUGUUAUAGAUUUCACUCAAGUUAAGGAAGAAGAUUUGUUUGAGAUUGAUAUUCCACUAAAAUUUGUAGCCUCUGUUGGCACCAGAGUACAUGGAUUGGCAUGUUGGUUUGAUGUAUUAUUUGACGGAAGUACUGUACAGCGGUGGCUUACAACUGCCCCUGGUGCACCAACUACGCACUGGUACCAACUACGUUGUGUUCUAUCUCAACCACUGUAUGUUAUGGCAGGACAAGAAAUAACUGGCCACCUCCACAUGAUUGCGCACAGCGCUCAAAGUUACACCAUAUAUUUGACGUUAUCAACCAAAAUGUGGGGCCCUGGUGCCGAACAAGGAGGAUUGUUUCAGUCAUCAGCAUGCAAAGUUGAUUUGAAAGAACCGUAUUAUAGAAUGUCUCAACCACAACCUUAUCCGCUGGUGCAAGAUCAGCAACCACAUCAGCUAUUACAGCCACAGGACAUAAAUAUUCAAUCUGACGACUUAGAAGACACUGAAUUACUUCAGCAACAAACACAUAGUUCAGGUGCUCAUCUCCAAUAAGUAAGUUUAACCACGAAAGGUGUUUGAAUUUUAUAUUUGUAAAAGGGAAAAGUUUUUGUGAGCAUAUCUUGUAACCUAAAAGUUCCUACCCGGCAAGUGAGGGGCUUCUGCAUGGAUUCUGGCAAUUUAUUUGUAAAAUAGAUGGAGACGAUUCAACCCUAAAUUUGGAUUCUUCCUAUUAAAUUAUGAGCUUAUUAGGAUAAACUUGUGUAGGAGUUGUGCUUUUGGACUUGAAAUGUUUAUUUCUCUGGAUGGAGCACCAUUCUUCACAAGAUAUGGUGCAUUUGGUUUCUAUCAAUGUUUACGACUUGGUAGUCCUCUUAGUUA